AUGGCUGACAUUGCUUCUUUCACAGACGUACUCGUCCGGAAAUCCUGCCCCGUGAAGAGUAUUCUGAGGGCAUUCUUGACGUCUGACUGCGCGCAAGCGUAUCACGUCUCUGGGGAAGUGGAUGAUGGGCUAUCUGAGACCCACCGUGGCCUCGUCCCAGAGGAGUGGGGUGCCCAGUGA